GGGGGCCCAGCAAAGCAACCACACUGGAGAGUGUGGCCCGUGCCUGGUCCUCAGGAUUCUACACUUCCUGCCACCAGACGGUUUGCCCAGCCCUACUGAGCCAACGCUGUGCUCCUCUAGCAGAAUGAGUGCCCUCGAUGGCGUCCCCUUCAAGGUGCCCAAGGGCUUUGUGACUGAUACACAGCCUCUCCCUGCACCAGAGCUCAGCGUCCCGGCCUGCAGAGAGCUUCUGCUGGGCUCCAUGCACGACUUCAGCCUGGAAAGAAAGGCUCUCUUCUGGGUGGAGGCGGUCACCCGGGAGCCCUGCCCCGACCACUGCGGUGACCCGGGGGCAGCGUCAGCCCCUCCGGCCUGGCUCUUACUGGUCAGCCCCGAAGACGAACACCGGCUGGCGCCUGCACCUGCCCAAGUCAAAGGCCCAGAGCCUGGACCCCAGGAGUCACCCCAGGAGGAAGAGGAGGCGGAGGAAGAGAUGGAGGACGGAGACGAGGAAGACGCCACCCCUGCCAGUGAGGAGGAGCUGGACUCCAGCAGCCCUCAGCCCAGCUCCCCCUCGAGCCCCAACCCGGGCCGGCGCCGGAGCUCGCUGGACCUGCUGCGCAGCGUGAGGUCGGAGCUGGCGGGGGCCGGGCGGCGGCUGUCGGGGAGCGGGCUGGCCGCGCGCCCCCGCGCCCUCCUGCGGCGCUUCCGCCGCCAGCGCGCGCUGAGCCUGAGCGCGGCCCCCGCGCCGCCCGCGACCCCGGGCCCGGGCCCCGCGCCCCCGAGCCCCGGCGCCCCCGCGCGGCCCUCCACCGCCGGCGCCAUGCCCCCGCUGCGGAGCCACAAACCCACCGUGGCGUCUCUCAGCCCAUACACCUGCCUGCCACCUCUUGGGGGAACCCCUCAGCCUCUCGACCCCCAUAGAUCUCAUCCUGAUUCUGCAGCAGACUUGCUGUCCGCCCUGAGCCAGGAGGAACAAGACCUCAUUGGGCCAGUGGUUGCCCUGGGCUAUCCCCUGGGAAGGGCCAUUGUGGCCCUGCAGAAGACAGGGAGGCAAAGCCUGAGCCAGUUUCUCCGCUACCUCAGUGCCCGGGAAAGGCUGCUGCAGCGGGGACACGAGGAGGCCUUGGUGGAUGAGGCCAUGGAGAUGUUCCAGUUCUCUGAGAGCCAGGCAGGAGAGUUCCUUCGUCUCUGGGAGCAGUUCAGCGACAUGGGCUUCCAGCCUCACCGGAUCAAGGAGGUGCUGCUGGUCCACGGCAACCACAGGGAGCAGGCCCUGGAGGAGCUGGUGGCCUGUGCCCAGUGACAGCUGAGACACGCCAUUGAUUCAUGGGUGACCGACCAGCCAAGUGCCAGACGUGGCCAUCCGUUCUAACUGUAUUAUUACUAAAAGCAAAUGAGACUACAGCCCGGGGGGUGUGGCUCAGGUGGUAGAGUGCUGGCCUAGCGUGCACGAAGCCCUGGGUUCGAUCCUCAGCACUGGUAUAAAACUAGCUAUGAUGGUGCUCAGCUGCAAUCCCAAUGCUUGGGAGAUGGAGGAAGGAGGACCAGGAAUUCAAAGCAGUUCUCAGCUACACAGGAAGUUUGAGGCCAGCCUGGGAUAGAUGAGGCUUUGUCUCAAAAAAUAAAUAAAUAAAUAAAAAGUCAAAUAAGACUACCAAAGGAAUACAUGCUCACUGUUAGACACUAGUAAUGCCAAGGUGGGAGCAGAUGCCAAACAGCCAGGUGAAAGGGUUGCUUCCUGGGCGCAGCAGAGGGAAGACUGGCAAGGAAUUGUUUUUCAUACAAGCCUUGUAAAACUACCUGCAUUUGACUCUUUAAAUUGGGUGCAUUAAUAACUUUAAUUUUGAGAAAAUUAAAUAAGCAAUGGAUCUCUUGAA